AUGGGGUGUUGUGAAUCGUCUUUCUUGAAUGAACCUCUUUCAGAGAAGGAACAACGCUGCGGCCAGACCCAUUCGCAUCCGUCAAAUGGUACAGCUACUGGUGGCGCCGCCGGAGGAGACGAAGUCCCUGGCGGUGUACCGGCCUUCUCCGAGUUUUCACUUGCCGAUCUUAAAGCGGCUACCAACAACUUCAGCUCCGACUUCAUUGUCAAUGAGAGCGGCGAAAAAGCCCCAAACACGGUCUACAAGGGGCGUCUACAGAAUCGCAGGUGGAUCGCUGUCAAAAAAUUUUCUAAAAUGGCCUGGCCUGAUCCUAAACAGUUCGCGGAUGAAGCAUGGGGGGUUGGGAAGCUGAGACAUGAGAGGCUUGCGAAUUUGAUUGGAUAUUGCUCUGACGGUGAUGAGAGGUUGCUUGUUGCUGAUUAUAUGCCCAAUGAUACACUCGUGAAACAUCUAUUCCACUGGGAGAAUCAAACCAUCGAGUGGGCUAUGCGUUUAAGAGUUGCUUUGUAUAUUGCAGAAGCAUUGGAUUAUUGUAGAACUGAAGGUCGUCCAUUGUAUCAUGAUUUGAAUGCUUACAGGGUUCUCUUCGAUGAGAAUGGUGAUCCUAGGCUUUCAUGUUUUGGCUUGAUGAAAAAUAGCAGGGAUGGCAAAAGUUAUAGCACAAAUCUUGCAUAUACACCUCCUGAGUAUUUAAGAAAUGGGAGGGUUACUCCGGAAAGUGUUAGCUUCAGUUUUGGUACCGUCCUUUUGGAUCUUCUAAGUGGAAAGCAUAUCCCUCCAGGCCAUUUUGGGACUUUUAGCACCAUUUCCCAAGUCACUGGGAAUAUGUCUUGCAUUCAGGCCCUUCUUGUUCCUUGGACCUUCAGUUUACCUAAAGGAGCUAGGGAAGAUGCAUUGGAUGGGCCAUGGUUAGCUUCCAGAGUCGAGAUAAUCCUGAGAAAUGUGAAAUUAGCACUUGAUAUGAUACGGGGCAAAAACAUUCUUUUGUUGAUGGAUUCACAUUUGGAGGGGAACUUUUCAACAGAAGAGGCCACUGUGGUUUUUGAGCUUUCUUCAAGAUGCUUGCAAUACGAACCUAGGGAGCGUCCAAGUACCAAGAUCUCGUUGCAACACUUGCCCCGUUACAAAAUAAAGCUGAUGUAUAUCCUAAUCUUUGCUUCUUCCCGUCUACUUCAUGCAAUGAUAGUUUCUUUCCCGAGUGUUCCAUCUUAUGUGAUGCUGGGGAUUCCAAAGCAUGAGGAAGCACCACCUACUCCACAACAUCAUCUUUCUGCAAUGGGUGAUGCCUGUUCCCGAAUGGACCUAACUGCUAUCCAUCAGAUUUUGGUGAGGACACACUACAAAGAGGACGAGGGAACCAAUGAGUUAUCUUUCCAAGAGUGGACACAGCAAAUGAGAGAUAUGUUGGAGGCAAGGAAACGUGGGGACUUGGCAUUUCGUGAUAAAGACUUUAAAAUUGCCAUUGAUUGUUACUCUCAGGGUAACAAAAAUUAGAAGUAAAAUGCUAACUGCAUAAUCCACCAUACUCUGUUUUUUUGCUGGAUUGAGAUGAUAACGAGUAUAAAUAUAGAUUGUGUUAGGUUGUAAUCUGCUACGGUCUUCAUUGAGGACUCAUUUAAAAGUCUAUGAUAUUGUAAGAUGAGAGAUUUCCUGUUGGUCUAGUCAAGUCCUGCAAUCAAUCGACC